UUUUUCUUUGUACGUGGUGUUUCGUUUGUUUUCUUCUCUCUCUUUUCUCACGAGUCCCACUUUCCUUCUUCUCAUUUACUUCUCUCUGCACACGUAUAUCCCUCUCUGCUCCCCCUUUCCAUUUAUCGCUUCAACAUCGACAAUGGCGUCACAGCAGUCACCGUGGCACUCUCUUGUGCUGUACUUGUUUGAAGGCCUGGCAUUAAUGCUGGGGAUCAUAGGCUUUGCUCUCUUGAUAUUGGCCUGUUCCUACUGGAAACUCUCCUGCAAUUCGAGGAACACCCAAAGAGAUGAAGAAAACAGGGUGAAGCAAAGACGAGCGAUGGAAAAAGGGCACAAUAAUGCUGUGGAGGUGUAUGAAGAGAAGACAAUGGUGAUAAUGAUUGGCAAUAAGACACUUUCCUCGCCACGCCUAUCUAGCAAAGGCCCUUCUUUUGGUGAUUCUCAAGGCAACAAUAAUGGCGAUGGUCAGAGCUUCGUUGCAAAGGAUGAGAAGGAAGACAAUUUCGACAAGACCAAAGCGGUUAAUAACAUUAACAAUGAUGAUGAUAAUGAUGAUGAUGUUGGCAAUCAUGCUGUUCACGGUCAUAACUAAGAGAUGAAGAUGCAAGCACUCCAACCUUCGACCGGCGAGGAUGACAAGCUUCAGUCGAAAGCCUCUCCAACCGAGGAACUCUCCGACUACUCUUCCCGUCGACAACCAGCCAAAACCGAAACCAAAGCCAAAGCUUGAGAGGAUUGGAAUCGAGAUCUCGCCAAUGCUCUUCAAGUCAGACAAGGAGAACCGCUGUCCCACGCCGCCGCGACUCCUCUGGCGAAGGUGGAGCAACUAGAUGUGUCUCUCGCAGAGGAGUUGAUCGUGAUGAGGAAGAAGCUAGAGAGGCUGAGGGUGGAGAGGGAGAGGACGGAGGUGAUAAGAAGAGGCACACGUUCUUAGCGAUGAAGAUGAGGGAGGUCGAGGAGAGAGGCGAGGUCUAGAAGCUGCUUGAGAUCGAGGUCGAUCGGAAUACGAAUGGAAGCACUCAAGCUUACGCUCUUGGAAUCGAUGACGUGGAGAUGAUUUUGAGCCUGAUUUUGUGGAGAUUUGCCGACUGAGAAAUUCUAGGGUGUUUGUGUUCUUUUUUAGUUGAAUGCGAGAGCAUUGCCGAUUCCAUCAAGAGAUCUCAGAUCAGAUACCAACAAAGCUAAAAC